AUGCCUACCUCUCAUCAAACAGGAGAUGUCUUCUUUGACUUCGCAAUGAAGCGACUCAAGGCUGUCAAAGCCCAGCGCAAACGAGCUCGUCAGAGGUACAGACAGCAAGUACAGGCUACUCAAGAUACUACUACCAAGCCGGUCUCCUUAGAGCCUUCAACUCUUCCAACAAAAGUCAUGCCUCCUACAGACCCAGCCAAUGACAUGAAUCCUACGCUGAAGGCUUCUUCCUCACACCCUCUCCACGUGCCAACCCUGGUUACAACAUUUCGGCCUACAGUUAAAAUAGAGCCCGAAGAUCAUGAAAUCGUGGAAAUCUCUUCGGAUCCUGUUGAGCCCCCAGCUCUUCCUACACAGUCGCAGCCUACAGUCAAGGUAGAGCCCGUAGACUGUAAGACAGUGAAGGUUUCAUCAGACCUUCCCGACCUUGAAGAGUUAUUCGCAUUCAGAGGCUCUCUCUUUGAGGGAUUUGAUGAUGAUCGCAAAGCUACAAAGUCAUCAGGCCGUACGGUAACUCCGGGUACGAGUCCUAGAUUGCACCGCAAGUUGAUGCCCAUUGACGGUGGGGCGGUCAACACACGCAAAGAUCUGGACGGGCUGAUGCCCCUGGUACCCUAG